UCCAGCUCUCCCAUGAGAAAAACACGGUGCUGGGCUUUCGGGUUCACAGGAUGCUGCAGGUGGAGUUCCUGCAGGCCGCCCUGGUCACCAUCUACGACUACUACGAGCCUUCCCGGAGGUGCAGCACUUUCUACAACCUGCCCACAGAGCAAUCUUCCCUGCGAAAGAUCUGCCACAAAGACGUCUGCAGAUGUGCAGAGGGACAGUGUCCAUCCCUGCAGAAGCCCAGUGGCCAAUGGAGGCCGGAGGAGCUCCAGACAACAGCAUGUGAGGCAGGCGUGGAUUUUGUGUACAAGACAAAGCUGGAAUCUGUGGAGGUCUCUGCCUCCAACCCUUACAUCUAUUACAACAUGCAGCUCGAAGACAUCAUUAAGAGUGGUACGGACCCUGCCACACCCCUGGCCAUGAAGAAAUUCGUCUCCCACGCCACCUGCCGUGACUCCCUGGGGUUGCAAGAACAGGAAUCAUACCUCAUCAUGGGCCAGACGUCAGACCUGUGGAGAAUCAAAUCUGAUUACAGCUACGUUCUGGGCAGGGAGACGUUCCUCAUGCUUUGGCCAGCAGAUGGAGAUGCCAGCAAGGAAGAAUUGCGGGACCAACUGGAGGAAUUUUCGGAAUAUAUGCGCACCCACGGCUGUCAGUCCUGAGCCUCUUCUGCUUUCAGGGAGGUGUCACCAGGCAGCUCUGGGCCACUGGGUUUAACCCCAAAUAAAGAGCACAGGAUAUCACACCCAAA